UGAUAUUUAAGAAUCCUGAGCAACAGUUUUUACAAAAAUAAUUAGGCAAUUAAUGCAAAUAUUGCAGAUACAUUUUUCUGUUGUAAAAACUAAUUAGAAUGAUAUAUAAUUGAAGUUAAUUAUCCAAAAUGGAACUUGUCUUUUGUCUCACCGUAAAUAAGCAGCAGAUGAAUAUGACAUACACAUACAACAACAGAAUAAAACAAUAGAACAAAUGUUGCAACAAAAACACUUACGAAAAGUAGUUUAAAACAUUUCUUUUAAAAGUUCAACUCAUUAUUUCUAGUUUCAGCCUCAUUAUUUAGAUACGCAUAGCCAGGUAGACAUAAGGUCAGGUACAUAUUAGAAGCUUUUCUCAGUAUACUCAGUAAAAUUCAAAAAAAUGUGAAUAAGUUUCAUCAUUAGAACCAGUUUCAACACAAGUGAAAAUGAAAAGGGAGGGAGGCUGUUCUGCUCCUCGAUCAGCCGAGUCCGUUUCUUGAAGUUGAUUCUGAUUUUUUUUUUUAAUUCACUGUGAGAAUCAACCUGUCACACGGCAGUUCUCUGAAGUGAUUUGGGUUGUGGUCCGGCCGGCGCCAUCGUCUCCCAACGGGCUUCAAAGAGAAUCAAGACAACACCUCAAGCGCCAUCGACGACAUCCGCUUCCCGCUCUUUAUCCGACGGAGAGAUUCCACCGUACGCCGUCAAACUCCAAAUAUUUGAUUUCACGCCGUUGGCUUUUUCUCCCACGUCGAGCGAGUAGAGAAUACUUCAGCAAUGUGCAGAAUGCCGUCGUUACCGCCACAGCAGAAGAAGAACACCCCGUUCCGAUAUUAAUCAUCAGGAGGAACAUAUGCAUUUCGGCUCGAGAGUUGCCGCCUAUUAUAAUCACAUUUAGUUUCAAGCUCACUAGCGCCGCCUUUUUUUCUCUUCUCGGAAAAAAUAAAUAUAUAUUCAUCUUCCGACUGAGACGUUUCAUCUGAUCGUCGUCUCGCUCGUUCUCACAAAGGAAGUGCGCUGCGCUCUGCUCGUGUUUCCUAUUUCUGUGCAUCCACACACACACACACACUUCCCUUUUACUAUACAGAGCCGACGAUACAAUAAGUAGUUGUUAUCUUUGCGGACAGACGGCGUUAAUAAGGAGCGCGGCUCAGACUUCGUCCAAUGGGGAGCUACUUUAAAAUGAUAAAGAUGCCAGGAGGAAAUUGUUGGGUUUCUUAAUUGUCUGAGUAGAGAGGGCUGGUAGUGAGAGAGAGAGAGAGAGUCUAGCUGUGUCCAGAGGAGCCGGCUCUUGGCUCUUGUCGGUCUUCACUUGUGUGUCUUUGCAGAAACCGACUGGGUCAACAUGUUUGUUCCCCGCGGUCUCGUCCCAUCAGCCUCUCCACGCUCCUGAACCGAGGGCCCGUCGCUUCAUUAGCUGCUCGUUUAGUCUCCUUCGAUGUUCAGGCCCCGCUGUAGGCACUGGUCAUGUGACCGAGUGGAGAGCAGCGGCGAGCACUACUCUAUUUUUCUAAUUCGGAUUUUAGGAUUCUCACGAAUUGGUCAAAUGUGGUUGGCACAGGUUGCCGUGGUUACCCGGCUCCAACUGCUCUCAGGACGUGCUCAUUACAGUUCAGUCAACACAAGAUGCGUGCUGCUAUGAAUGUAGAGGACGACAGGACGCGGAUUGAGCACGUAGCGCAUAGUAUGCAAUUGUUUUUUAUUGCGUAUGCUGCGAACACAACAGACUACGAUGUUGAAUAGAAGCAGUCGACUUGACGCUCAUCUCUCACAUCGCAUCUUGAUGUAGCUACACAGUUGGUAUUUAUCAUCUCAACUCAAGUCAUGGAAAAAGAGGACGUUGACGGACAUAUUUAAUUAUUUAUUCAUCGUCUUUGCUGACGAAGUCGACCCUUCCUCUUCCUCUUGGUCGACGCUCUCACAAACGUUCACUCGAUCUCGCUUAACAAUGGCGGCCGUCCUCUGGCCGCCCUCCUGUGAUGGAGUCUGUCUCUUUAUCACUCGCUGUCCCUCCAUUCCACAACCCCGUUAAAGAAUCCUCUUUUUAAACGCCCGCUCUGCAGAGACGUCUUCCGUUCCUUCUCUUCGCCGCGGGGCGCGUGGGCCCAUCGGGCUCGGCGCUAUAAUAAGCCCGCAGUGUGAAACCCUGCCUAGCUUGUUAUUAAUACACUUCUAAGAAUGUGUCUCGGCUAAACCGUAAUGUGUUGAUGAAGCCUUUUUUUCCCCUCUUUUUUUUCUUCUAUUAUUCGUUAGCGAGAGCAAUAAAAAGAGCAGAAUACGGGAUGAACCCUUCCCGGUGGAGCUGCUACAUCGGCGGUCUGUACGAUGGAAGUGAGGCCGAAAGUUUAAAGACCGCGAAUUCUGUUUAGCUUUAGCGGUUUGGCAAGAAGCCACGAUGCAGCCACUCAUGCUCAUAAUGGGGUCUUUUCUCUCUGACCUCACCCCUCUACUCUCUAUUUCCUCCUCUUCAUUUGCCCUUCGGUUUGUUGUUCCAGCUGCCUCUCUCCAUCCAUCGUCCUCUCCCCACGUUGGUCUUUGUGAUGCGCCGUCUUCUUCCUCUCCAUUUCGACCUCUUUCAUCCCUCCAAGACCUCAUUUUGUGCUCAUCCAUCCGUCGCUCCCUCCAUCCCACCCCUCAUUUUCCCCCCCAUGUAGCCGACUGACAGGCGGGCUCAAUCCCCCUUGUGGAUGGGUGAGAGGUCUCAGAGGGUCGAUGUCCCCGGGGUGUGCAAGAGUGAGUGUGUACCAGCAGUUUGACAAUGCUCAGCGGCGCGAACUCAGGCUUGAACAGCCUCCUCCUCAUGUAGAGGGGCGUGGUCAACCAAUAAACAGACGCCAGCCCUGAAAAGUUCAGCUGUCUUCCACGAACAGAGGCGGUGCUUGGAACGAGCUCGGACUGAGGACUACCUCAAGAGGAAGAUCAGGGCUCGCCCGGAGCGGUCGGAACUGAUCCGGAUGCACAUCCUGGAGGAGACGUCGGCGGAGCCGUCGCUCCAGGCCAAGCAGCUGCAGCUGAAGAGAGCUCGCAUCGCCGAUGAUCUGAACGAUAAGAUCUCCCACCGGCCGGGGCCCAUGGAGCUGAUCCACAAGAACAUCCUGCCUGUUCACUCCAGCAUCAAGCAGGCCAUCAUAGAGACGCGCUUCCCAAAGGCUUCAGGUGAUAACUCGUCAUGUGACGAGGACAGCAAUUACAGCCUGUCUCCAGAGCAGCCGGUGGGCCUGGAGUCUCCUCUGGGGCCGCUGCCCUCUCCGCCAGAGGUGCUGGCCGGCAGCCGCGGCGUCGCACCUCCCACACAGGUGUCUCCUCCUGCUCUUGCUCUGCCACCGCUCUCUGGAUCCUCCCCCCAAUUCAAGUUGACCAAUGGGAUGGCAGCAUCGUCCGCCCAGAGGACCGGAGCGACUUCACAGAUCAAAUGUCAUCCUAAACCACUCUCUGACCGCUCUGCACAGCGACACAAGAAACCCAAGGACAACAAGCCAAAGAUUAAGAAGUUAAAGUACCAUCAGUACAUCCCUCCGGACCAGAAGGGCGAUAAAGAGCCUCCUCCCCAUCUGGACUCGUCCUACGCCAAAAUCCUCCAGCAGCAGCAGCUCUUCUUGCAGCUCCAGAUCCUCAGUCAGCAGCAGCAGCACUACAACUACCACGCCAUCCUGCCGGCACCGCCCAAACCUCAGCAGAGAGAUCAGCGGCCAUCUUCCUCCUCCUCCAUCUCCACGACUGCCUCCUCCCCCCCUCGACCCGUCGCUGCCCCUUCGAAGGCUCCGUCCAACCCGGGCGGUCACCUCCGUCAGGGCCCGGCUGCGUCACGCGGGACAAAGCCAGCGUCUCUACCUCCGAACCUGGAUGAAAUGAAGGUCGCGGAACUGAAGUCCGAGUUGAAGUUGCGCGGCUUGCCCGUCUCCGGCACCAAGAACGACCUCAUCGAGAGGCUGAGGGCCUACCAGGAGCUGAGCGCGGGAGGCGACACUACCUCCGCGCCGACAGCAGGGGGGACCGCAGGGCCAGGGGCCGAGGGAGCGGGGAGAUCCUCCGAAGCCGCCGCUGCAACCGCCAACAACAACAACAACAACACGUCGCAACAGCAGCAGCAGCCGCUUCAGUGCCACGAGACGUCUUCUCUGACCGGUGGCAGCGCGGCCGCGCGUCAGCAGCUCGCGGCCUGUGGGGGCGCCGCGUCCCCCCCGACCGCCUCACUCACACACUCUGCCUGCUCGCCGGGCGCCAUGAGCCCAGAGGACAGCGGCUUCAACAGCGACCCCUUGGGGGAGAUGAUGAGUUCGCACAUCGCCCACGUGAGCCGUCCGCCGUGCUCGGCUGCUCGGCUCGCGGCCGGCGUCAAAGAAGAGCCGCGGUGCUCCGGCCCCGCCCCGUGCCAGUUCUCUGCCAGGCGGGACUCGCUGCAGAAACAUCGGCCGGCCCCGUCGACGGCCGUCGCCACGACAACCCCGGCUCCGGUGGCCGCUGUGGACAAGGACCGGAUGCUGCGGGAGAAAGACAAGCAGAUCGAGGAGUUGACCCGGAUGCUGAGGCAGAAGCAGCGGCUGGUGGAGGUGCUGCGGAUGCAGCUGGAGCACGUGAACCGAGGAGGACCGGAGCCGCUGGUCCUCGUGAGGGUGAAACAAGAACCUCCCGACGGACCCGACGGCCCGCUCUCAUUCGGCCAUCCGCCGCUCUCCCCUUCGCCGUCGCCCGUUUCGAGCGAGGUGGACGUCAUCCGGGUGGACGUCAAGCAGGAAGCCACGGAGGCGGAGGACGCCGCGCGCGAGACAACGAUGCACUUACCGGACGCCCGUGGGUCACCGCGGCCUUUGACGGAAAGUCACGAGCAGCUUCGGCUCCGAAUCCAGCCGGAGCCGCCGAGCACGCAGGCGGGGCAGCAGCACGUCCGCCCGCCGCAAGCCGCCCUGCAGCCGGCCGUGCAGAAGCUAUCGCUCCAGCAGCAACGCGGCUUCCAGGACGAGCAGGCGGUCGUCGCGCAGAGCCGCGGCCCGACGCCCGAGAACCUGCAGAAGCUUUCUCAGCAGCGGAAGAAGAAGUCUCACAAGCAUCAUCUGAAGCAGCUGCAGCUGCAGCAGCAACUGUUGCAGUCGCAGCAACAGCAGCAGCAGCAGCAGCAGCUGAAGCAACAGAUUCUGCUGAAGCAGCAGAAGUCGUUCUUGCAGCAGCAGCAGACGAAACAAGUGCAACAAAUACUGAUUCAGACAAAGAUGCAGCAGCAGCAGCCUCCACAGGUGUCUCAUGCGUCCUUCACCCAGCAGUCAGGCUCUGCCCAUCCUUUCCCACUGGACCUGCUCAAGAGCAACUCCGGCCCGACUCUGGUCACCGACGGCAACGGCAACCACUUUCUGGUCGCGCUGACCAGCCACGUCCCCGAGAGCCAAGGGACGGCUGCCCCCGGCAGCAGAGCGACCAAUCAGAUCUCACUGCAGCGACUCCAGUCGACUCCAGCCAGGCUCCCUGACCACAACCCGGGGACUCAAAUCAAACCGAGUACGCACAAGAGCUUCUUAACACAACAAGAGGCCAAGCCACAGAGGCCUCAGGUAUCCGCAGAGCCGCCUCGGCAGGACGUCUCUCUGUGUUUGUCAGCGCCUCCCUGCCUGCAGCCUUUCUUCAAGGACCAAGACCCCGCCCCCUCAGGGAAAAACACCCCGUCGCCAUCCUCUCGCACCGAGCUGUGUCCCAGUCUGGACGUCUUGUUUCGUCCUCUGUCUCCGGCGUCCCACCAGACGGCCGCCUCGUCGCCCGAUGACAAAGAUACAGAGCAUGAAGAGGAUUUUAUUGACAUCAUUUUGCAGACAGGAGAAAUGUCGACGACUUUCAACCCAGCACCGGACCCUUCUCUGGACUGUCUGAGUCCACGCUCCUCUUCCUCUUCUCCUCACUCCUCCCCGUUCCAGCUGAUGCUCUCCCCCCCCAUGCCUCCGUUCUGUGACACCCAGCAGUCGGCCUCCUCCAUGCAGUCUGAUCUCCAGACUCUGGCCGACGCCAUCGACGAGAAACGCCACCUCUGUAGCUCCGAGAGCGGACGCCUGGAGGACUUCCUGGAGAGCGCCACCGGGAAGCCCCUCCUGGGGGCGGAGCCCGGAGGCCUGAUGACUUUGAUUGACGACCUCCACAGUCAAAUGCUGUGCACCCCCAGCAUCCUGGACCAUCCCUUGUCUCCGAUGGAUACCUUCGACCUGGCAACGGAGGGGGAGCAUGGGCUGGACGGUAUGGAUUGGUUGGACCUCACCAUGGGAGGAGAGAGGGGGGAGGAAACCUCCACGCUGGCCCCGCUCGGCUCCCAAACACCCCCUAGUGUCUUCUCAACAGACUUCCUGGAUGGCUCCGACCUGCCGAUCCACUGGGACUCCUGCCUAUAGCCCAUCGCAGUCCGACCGCGAGGACGGGGCUCAGUUGCACUCGCAGAGAAACAUGUAAUUUAUCGCUUCGGUAUGGGAUUAUUACUCUUUCUGUGUCGUCCCACACACUGGUGUAUUGAAUCUUCAAGCACUUUGACCUUUUAUUUAAUUUACACACUCUAAGUGUAUUGAUUUGCGUGCGCAGACACUUAUUAGGCAGGUCCUAUAUCUGUUCCAGUGUGAGGCACCGCUGUGGAUUUGGUCCUGAUUACGGAUGAGACGCUUCUAACCGAGCCGCGUUGCUCACGUGUGAAUCAGUCUCAUCUUUUCUCGACGCCGCGCGACCCAGAAUGCAUCAGUUUAACCUUUUGUCUAAUCGGCAGCGCAAAUCCUCAGUCGCCUUGAGGAGCGACGAUAAUCGAUAGUUUACCACGACAGCCAAUCGAUAACCAAAGUGUCGGUCAAGGAGAAGGAUUUUUCGAGCAACAUGAUGGACGAGCUGCACUCUGAUGCUAUCAUUUCAAAAGAUGUGAUUCUGAAUCUCGUGUUUUUCGAAGCAGCGGUCCAGUGUUUCGGAGCUCCGCCCCCUCGUGCCAUAAAGAUGCGGCUGCCAUGCUCCCUUUAUAAAACCUCGAAUGUUACUGCAGCAGUGGCAUUGGUGCUGACUCGGAGGAAGCGGCCCGGUGAGCUCCAGGUUCUGCUGCUGCAGACGGACCCCGUAGUUCCUCUUGCCCCCCCCCCCAAAGUCGAUGCACGGGUCAUCCUAGACCACGGGAAGUACGCUCCCCACCGCCAACUCGUCAUUGGCUGAUCCCACCGGAGCGCUUCACAUCACAGCGACGCCCCUUUGCGAAACCCGAUCCCAUUCGUGGUGUAUGAGGAGCAGCUGAUUCGCUGCGCAAAGCAUGCUGGGAUACCUGCGUUGGGACGAGAGGGCCCGGCCGGUUCAGAGACUCAAAUAGUUCUUCCCUCAAGACAGCAAAAAACUACAACCAGGAAAGGUCAAAACCAGACUAACGAUGAUAUUUUUGCAGUUUCUAUCUCUCAAGGUGAUUUCCUGCAUUUCAUCCACAAUCAGCCUUUUGAACAGCAUGCAUUAAAAAGAAAAUAGUUGACAGACAAACUAUGAAAUAGCUCAACGGUUUCACACAGCCGCAGUGUGACCGUACAACCCAGAUCAGUCGUUUCAGAUUCCAAAAACAAAAUGAUGGUUGAAUAUUAAAUUGAUAUUUAAUAUUCCUCCAUAUUCAAAAUGUUUUUUUAAUAGAAUUGCACGCGUAAUAGUUAUGUCUUUUGGUUUGAAGUCUUCUGAAUAUAAACACGGUGGUUGGAGCGCUGCACCGGUGCUCCUCACGGUCUCCGUGGUAACGUCGGGCACUCGGGUCUCGACAACCGCCGUGCUGUAGUUCCCUUUCCAUUUGUUUUUAUUUUGCAUGUGUACACGCACAUUGUUAAAGGAAAGGAUGACUCCUGCAGUUUGAUAGAUUCACAAACGCCUUCUGCGUAAGGCUCCUUGGAGUUCUUCAGUUGUCUUCUUCAUGGUGAUGUGUGGGUAUCCUGUACUGCAUCAGUACUUCUGCCAAUGGGGAUGUAGUCCUCUUUCUCUUUGAGAUAUUACAAUGAUCUGUUCUACAAGUUUUAGCCACGUUGUUAUGAGAUGCAUUCAUCCGUCUCUAUUGUUCAGUCGUUCCUCUGCGGAACGUUCUGGUGAUGCAGCUUCUGUGUUGACUGUGACUGCUUCUGACAAAAUGUCUGUAUUGUGAAUCCUAAAGCUCCGUGGAGACGCAGCGCGACAACAAACACACGUUUCCUUUACAGUCGCACCGUCUUUUUACACUUUGAUUGUUUCGUCCCCACGUACAAACGGCACUAUACUUCAGGUUGUAUUGAUCGUCCAGUACCGACUCCUGUUGAUGUGUCCAGCUGUUUAAAGUAGAGGCGCGUGGUGAAACAUUCAAACCGGCCAUGGAGAGAUGCCUUUGAAACUGUGAAGCUCAGCCUCACGAGGCUUAGCCUGAACCGAAGCCAUAAACAAUAGAGCACUAUUGUGCAACACAACUCUGCACCAGUUAUGCAGCAUCAAUGCAACAUCAGCUGAUGUAUUGUCUUGUUUUAAGGGAGCAUCCGAUGGAUAGUCGGGUAUUGUAUGCCAGGCCUCGGCUAAAUACUGCACACUCGGCUGUUUUAUAUCGUUAUAAUUGCGUGUGUGAUUCACUCGCCUCCGAUGGGUUGUUUGUUCCUUUUUGAAGGAAUUCAAGUGCCUUGCGUGACGUAGCAAAAACACAUCUCCGGCCCACUUGUGUGGACCUGCGAACACGAAAAGAAAAAAGCCUUUUUCCUGCUGUACUCUUCCCGUCGGUGUCGAGCCACUCUGUUGAAAUGAUUGUGACGUUUCGGACAAAUUGUUUUGAGAUUUUUGUGUACUUUUAAUUGUAUUUUUUUGUUUUUUUCUAAAACAAAAGGGGAUUUGUUAAUAAAUGAAAAGAUAAUUAA